AUGAUGAUGAUGGGCCGUGUGAUGUGUGUGUUGGCCGUUGUGCUGUGCUGCGCCUGUGGAAGUGCGAUUGCUCAAACUCCUGCUGAUGCUCCUCAACUUCCUUAUGUACCUGAUUUGUACGGUAGUAGUUUCGAGGGUUUUCCUUUUCCGGAUAGAUCGCGAAGUGGAACGAGUUCAUCAUCAUCGAGUUCUGCAACUUCACUAUCUGAAAAUCAACUCGAGGAGAAAGCACUGGUAUCCACAGAAGACUCCAUACGAUCAGGUGCAUCGGAUGGCUCCGACCUUAGCAGAGCACAACUUGAGUCUGAAAUACGCAACACCGAUUCGCAUGAAGAUGCUAAUUUACUAAACCAAAAAUUGAAUGAAAAAACAGGUCAUGGUAGUGAAGAGGACGCUGCUGCAGGUUCUCGCACUAUUGAGAGAGAAAUGGUAAUCGCACAGGAGAAAGUCACAGCUGUGGGUGUACAGGGGCAACGGAGUGGAUCAGAACAAGGAAUUACAUCCACACAACGACCUUCUGAAAGUGAGACCGCUACUCUAAGUGCUUCCCCGGACAACCACCCACAAGGUGGAGAACACGAGAACAAUAUAAGACCAGCAUCUCCAAGUUUAACUGACGCUGAGGAAGUUAAAGCAGAAACAGGAGCGAGUACCACAACAACACAAAGCACAACUCAAGAGUCUAAUGCAGCACCACAAGAUAUUCAAAGGUCAGCUAAUACCAAAGGGGAUAACAGUGCACUUGGUAACAGUUCUCUUACCCAGCAAUCAUCUCCUGCAAAUGUUGAUGAAACUGUCGCACCAGACACAGAAGAAACCAAUCACACUACUCCGCCGAGCCUCGAGAGCACUUCCACAGAAGCACCAACUACCACUCCAUCUCAUGUUCAUUCACCAAACGGAGAGAUCACCUCUAUUGCAUCCGCUGUACAGAAGAACAAGGCUAAUGUUGACAGCAGUGUCAGUCCUGUGUGGAUGCGCACUGCAGCACCGCUGCUGAUUGUGGUUGUGUUGUUCUCCGCUACCCUGAACUGA